AGUAGGAAUUAUCAAUAAUAGAGAGCGAUGGAGAGAAUCAGAUGCAACAAUGUUAACCCUUACUUUCAAGCCCACCAAUGAAGAGGUUUUCGGCUACUACCUUCGGCCAGCCAUCGAUGGAGAGCCCUUGUGUUCUAAAGCUGUAACUGAGCUUGAGAUUUAUGGUGAAGACAAGGAACCUUGGAAAAUCUUCGACAAAGAUGAAAAGAAAUCUCUUUGGGUUUUCACCAACUUGAAGGAGAAGAAUAAAUCAAGAAUCGACAGGACUGCUGGUUGUGGAUAUUGGAAAGCUCGAUUGAACAAGAAGGAGGUGAAGGAUGCACGCGGUCAGCAGUUAGGGUUGGACAAAUAUUUCUUUUUCACUUUCAAGAAAGACCAGUCAAAUGAAGGUAAUGGUCAUUGGAUUAUGCAUGAGUAUUCGUUAAACGACGAGGGUUUGAACGAUUAUGUUAUUUGCAAGAUCAAGAACAAAAAUGCCUUAGGUUCAGAUCAUCAAGACCAAGUAGAACCCAGUAACAAGAAGCGUCAAACUGUCGAGGUUAGUGAUGAAGAGAUGUGAAGGCAGCUUGUGUUGAUAAGAGUAAAUUAAUCCAAGCCAAUGUUGAUGGACGGAAAGGAAGCAAAGUUCUAACAAUCUAUCAACAGAAAUCCGGGAAUCUUGAUGAUCAAGAAAAUCAAGAUAAUCAAGAAAAUUCUGCUGAUGAUUCUGUUCAGCAUCAACUUGAAAAGUCUAUCAGUGAACCUGAGGCAUCAAAGGGGAAUGAGCUGAAGGAGGACUCUCCCUUGAGUGGGUUUGAUUUAAAUUCGGAUCCACCGGAAGAACCAUGAUCUGGUACACUUGGAGGAGUUGUUUGGCUGGACUGUAUAGUUGAAGAACUAAUUUCAUGGUCGUCUUAAGGUUCCUACACCAUAUAUGGUUAUUGCCAUUUUUUGCAUUUCAUGGUUUCGGUGACUGUCAGUUUUUUUAAGUUUCAUGGUUUCAGUGACUAUAUCAGUUGUGGCCCUCGCUGAUUGCA